AAAUCCGCGGCGCGGCGGACGGUUGUUCCCAGCCAGCCGCCGUCGGGGGCCCCCAGAGCCCUAGAGUCGCCUAAGGCCGCCAUGCACCGCGCUGAGCGCUGACAGACCUCCGGGCCCGGCGGGCGGAAUGGAGAGUCGGAGUGUGCCUCCCGGACCUUAUCGGGCCACCAAGCUGUGGAAUGAAAUUACAACAUCUUUUCGAGCAGGAAUGCCUCUAAGAAAACACAGGCAACACUUUAAAAAAUAUGGCAAUUGUUUUACAGCAGGAGAAGCAGUGGACUGGCUUUAUGACCUAUUAAGAAAUAAUAAUAAUUUUGGUCCUGAAGUUACAAGGCAACAGACAAUCCAAUUGUUAAGAAAAUUUCUUAAAAAUCAUGUAAUUGAAGAUAUCAAAGGCAGAUGGGGAUCAGAAAAUCUUGAUGACAACAGUCAGCUAUUCAGAUUUCCUGCAAAUUCUCCGCUUAAAAGUUUUCCACGAAGGCAUCCAGAAUUGAGAAAAAACAGCAUAGAGAACUUUUCCAAAGAUAAAGAUAGCAUUUUUAAAUUACGAAAUUUAUCUCGUAGAACUCCUAAAAAACCUGGAUUACAUUUCUCUCAGGAAAAUAUAGAGAAAAUGAACCAUGUAAUAAUCAAUGAAGAUCAAGAAAACUCAGUUGAUAAUAGAGAAAUAAGCCCAGAAGAUAUUGAAGAAGUUUGGAGAUAUAUUAUUCUGAUCUACCUGCAAACCAUUUUAGGUGUGUCAUCCCUAGAAGAAGUCAUAAAUCCAAAUCAAGUAGUUCCUCAAUACAUAAUGUACAACAUGACCAAUACAAGUAAACAUGGAAUAGUUAUACUACAAGACAAAUCAGAUGACCUUCCUCACUGGGUAUUAUCUGCCAUGAAGUGCCUGGCAAAUUGGCCAAGAAGUAAUAUGAAUAAUCCAACUUAUGUUGGAUUUGAACGAGAUGUAUUCAGAACAAUAGCAGAUUAUUUUCUAGAUCUCCCUGAACCUCUGCUUACCUUUGAAUAUUAUGAAUUAUUUGUAAGCAUUUUGGUUGUUUGUGGCUACGUCACAGUUUCAGAUAGACCCAGUGGGAUACAUAAAAUCCAAGAUGAUCCACAGUCUUCAAAAAUCCUUCGCUUAAACAAUUUGAAUUCCUUCAAAUCAACUGAGUGUCUUCUUCUCAGUCUGCUUCAUAAAGACAAAAACAAAGAAGAAUCAGAUACUACUAAGAGACUGCAGAUAAGUGAUCAAGGAUUUCAAGAAAAAUGUGCUAAGAAAAUGCAGCUAGUUAAUUUCAAAAAUAGAAGAGCCAGUGCUAAUGACAUAAUGGGAGGAAGUUGUCAUAAUUUAAUAGGCUUAAGUAGUAUGCAUGUUCUAUCCUCUAACGUCAAAUCAAGAUGCUAUUCUUUAGAAGGAAUUGUAGACUUACCAGGGAGUUCAAGUAAAGAGGUCUCCAAUGUCUUCCAUCAAUCUGUUGUGAAUAGAGAAGGACAACAUAAUAAGCAGUUUUUAGAGUCUAAGACCAAACAGGAAUCCCUAAUGAAUCUUCAUUCAGAGGAAAGUACUCAAAAACCACUCUGUGUUGGUUUUAAAAGAACCUCUACUUUGACUGUUCAAGACCAAGAGGAGUUAUGUAUUGGGAAAUGCAAGUCAAAACAGCCUUGUAGAUCUCAGAGUUUACUUUUAAGAAGUAGUACAAGAAGUAAUAGUUAUAUCAAUAUGCCAGUGGCUGAAAUUAUCAUGAAACCAAAUCUUGGACAUCUCAGCACAAGUAUACAAACAGCUAUGGAAAAUGAACUCGGAGAGUCUAGUACCACAAUCAAUAAAAGACUCUGCAAAAGUACAAUAGAACUUUCAGAAAAUUCUUUACCUCCAGCUUCUUCUGUAUUGACUGGCACACAAAGUUUGCUGCAACCUCAUUUAGAGAGGGUUGCCAUCGAUGCACUACAGUUAUGUUGUUUGUUACUUCCCCCACCAAAUCGUAGAAAGCUUCAACUUUUAAUGCGCAUGAUUUCUCGAAUGAGUCAAAACGUUGAUAUGCCCCAACUUCAUGAUGCAAUGGGUACAAGAUCACUGAUGAUACACACUUUUUCUCGGUGUGUGCUAUGCUGUGCUGAAGAGGUGGAUCUUGAUGAGCUUCUUGCUGCAAGAUUAGUUUCUUUCUUAAUGGAUCAUCACCAGGAAAUUCUUCAAGUACCCUCUUACUUACAGACUGCAGUGGAUAAACAUCUUGACUACUUAAAAAAGGGCUAUAUUAAAAAUCCUGGAGAUGGACUGAUUGUUCCUUUGCCAACAUAUUCAUACUGUAAGCAGAUUAGUGCUCAGGAGUUUGAUGAACAAAAAGUGUCUACCUCACAAGCUGCAAUUGCAGAACUUUUAGAGAAUAUUAUUAAAAACAAGAGUUUGCCUCUAAAGGAGAAAAGGAAAAAACUAAAACAGUUUCAGAAGGAAUAUCCCUUGAUAUAUCAGAAAAGAUUUCCAACCACGGAGAGCGAAGCAGUACUUUUUGGUGACAAACCUACAAUCAAACAACCAAUGCUAAUUUUAAAAAAAACAAAGUUUCGUAGUCUAAGAUACUAACUGUAUUAAAAAUUAUGUAAUACUUGUAGAACUUUGGUGAAUGAAGCCAUACUUAAGAAUUUAGCUACUAAAAAAGGAAGUCUAUUUAUUAAUAAGGUUUUUCUAAAUAAAACACAUGUAUGGAGGUACCAAAGUAAUUUUUUAUCAGUGUAAGACUGCUAAGAAAGUAGUGAGUCUCAACUGUGAGCAAAUAACAAAAGCAACACCAGAUACUUUAACCAGAAACAUUUUUUUUUUUGACACAACAUCUGGAAAAGCUAUUACAGUGUGUGCUAAAAUUUUAUUUACUUGAAUUUUGAAACCUGACAUGUUUAUCAAGAUUAAGCUAUAAUUCUGUUUUUAAAAGAAAUUAACUUAUCUGCACAUGUGCUUAUGAAUAUUAGUUAAAGUACAAGUUAUUUAGGGAUACUCUUAUUUCUAAGAAUAAGAAUGUGAAGAAUAUUGGAAAACUCAGUGAAUUCUCUACUGUUAAAUGCUGCACUCUUUUGUAUACUCUUUUUCUACUUUUGAUCUAUUUAUAUAUGUGUGGUUUUUUUUUUUUAAAUUUUUUUUUUCAACGUUUAUUUAUUUUUUGGGACAGAGAGAGACAGAGCAUGAAUGGGGGAGGGGCAGAGAGAGAGAGAGACACAGAAUCGGAAACAGGCUCCAGGCUCUGAGCCAUCAGCCCAGAGCCUGACGCGGGGCUCGAACUCACGGACCGCAAGAUCGUGACCUGGCUGAAGUCGGACGCUUAACCGACUGCGCCACCCAGGCGCCCCUAUAUGUGUGUUUUUAAAAUAUGUACAUGUAAGUCUUCAGUUGGCUUUAAACAUUUAUCCCAAGUGCUUCGGUCAUUCAAUUUUUCAAUAAAUAUCUCUUGCAUUCUUAUGUUCAUGUAUCUACUGGAAGAUAGUGGUGUAAAAGAAGUAUAAAGCAAUCAUGUAUUCAUUCAAAAUAUAUUUAUUUAGCAACUACUAUGUGCCUUUUAUUAUUCCAGUUAUGGAGAGACUAAGAUGAAUAAAACAAAAUGUCUUUCUUGAAAGUAUUUAUUUUCUAAUCAAGGGAGACACCUAUCAGAUACUUAAAAUAACAAUACACACUCUGAAGGAGUCCUUCAGCUGAAUACUGAGCUCUUUAGUUAUGUAACAGUUCUCUCAGCUAGUGUUUUUCAAACUGUUACAUAUUAGAAUCACCUGGAAAGUUUUAAAAUAAUACAUGCUCAGGCUCUACCUUAUAUCAGUUACAUCCAAAUUUUAAGGGAUGAUAUAUAGGCAUCAGUAUUUUCAAACUCUCUAGAUGAUACCAAUAUUUACCCAACUUUGAGAAUCAGUCCCUAAACACUUUUUAUAAACAAGUAAAUACCAAGCUGGUGGCACAUUGGCUUUAUUAUUUCACUGGAAGAAAAUGCAGAUUAUAAAUGCUUUUCAUCUUAAUACAGGGUUAUCCAUAUUUCUGCUUUAGUGACUUAACACAAACUUGAGGCAGUUUUUCUUCCAUAUUUUGCUCUAAGAUUAUUUAAUAUCCAUUCAAGUGUAAAAAUGUACAGAGUAUCUGGGAUGUCAUAAACAUUGUUCAAUGACUUUUGAUUUAUCAAUGUAAUGUUGUACUCUAAAAUGACAGUGUUUCAUUUGAGAUUUUUUAUUAAAAACUUGAAUAGAAAAUGGCAACUACAUAUCUUUUGCCCAGAAACCUUAGCUAUAAGAUUAUAGGACCAAAUCAGAGCUUUUUCUAAGGUGUUUAUAUGCUAAAACUUCCUGUUUAAAGAUGUAUAAUAAUGUGAAUUCUAUGCAUAUUGAGAUAAAAAUUAUUGUGGGUUUUGUAACAAUUUAAUUGUUUUUGUAUUUAUUGAUAUUAAA